AAAGACGAAUCAUGAAAUGUACUUGGGUUUUCGAUAUGUGUUGUGGAAAGAAGGGCUCAUCAAAGAAUUCUUUUGUGAGAUUCNAGAUAAUAUUUUUCAAGAGUUUUCAAUAUAGUUCUAUCAUACAACUAGAUGCGACUCCUUUCCACAGUACAGUUAUCAAGAAAGUCAUAAAGGAAAUUUUUUACUAUCACAGCAAGUCUUCUAAGAAUAAAUAUACAGGCAUCUUUCACCAACAGGCAUAUAGCUUCGGAAGUACUCAAUCAAAAGACAACUUAAGGAGUGUAAGCGUGAAUUUAACCUCAAAAAGACUCGUGAUGAUUUCACGUGUAUAUGAAGGCUUAUAUAAGGAUUCUGUCUGCAAUCAACAAUUCGUAUUUCGUAGCAAAAGGAAUGACACACUGGCUGGCAAGAGAGAGAUAGAGAGAGAAAUUGCACGCGACUCAAAUCUCCCUUUCAUUGAUUAUGGCCCAAAAUGACUAUAUUAGUGUGCUGUUUGGUAUAUUAGAUAAAACUCGGUUUGGUCAGUUUUAGAAAUUUUGGAAAAUGAAGAAUAUUUACUUUGCAUAAUAAAAGAUAGAAGGAAAUC